ACUCGAUUGACGAAACACAACAAUCAAGCGUGGUGUCAAACAUGAUACCUUCUCAGUGGACAUUAUCUGUCAAAUUCAGCAGAAAUCGGAGGUUUGAAAAUGUUUCGCCGAAGGAAAUUUUUCUAGUCGAUGGCUAAACAUGAACUUGUUAAGCACCGACUUUUGCCGGGAAGUGUUCUGCUAACCUACGGAGAUUCCAUGAAUGGGACAUUAUAAAUAGCACUUCAGAUGUUUUUACAGCCUUCUUCGAAGAGGAUGUCAGAGAAUGUACAUUCUGAUGACAUGGAUGGAAAUUCUGCUGCCAUUUCUGUGGUGCAUAUGCCAUCUCUGAAUCAGCCAGUUCAAGUGCAGUCAGUCAUCCACUCGAACCAGCCGUCCGUCAUACAGACAGCUGGUCCCAACAUACAGACAAUUCAAGUUGUCCGAGUAGCAGCAGUUGAUGAUGACAUCAAUGAAGAAUGUGAAGGAAAAAAGCGAAGAGAAAUUCUGUCUAGAAGACCAUCAUACAGAAAAAUAUUAAAUGAGUUGUCAUCUCCGGUGACUAAAAUGGAGGAGGAGUCCAACAGUAGCCAGAGUCAAGAUGGGGAGAGUCAGGAGGCUGCCACUAAUCUUUCCACUCACAGCGGUGUCCAGUUUCAGCAAGGUGACCUGGUUCCCUCAGGAGCAAUCCAGAUAACAUCUGAUGGCACGUCAGUGGCGCAGGGUCUCCAGACACUGACUAUGACCAACGCCAGUCCGACGACAUCAGCUGCAACAGGCGCUACCAUUGUACAGUAUGCACAAGGACCGGAUGGACAGUUUUACAUACCAGGCACAGUACAAGCAUACCAAAUAGCGACAUCUGGAUCUCUACCACAGGGUGUUGUGAUGGCUACGGCUGGAAGUCCAAUGUCUAGUCCUACAAACAUGGGAGAGGAGCAGUCGCGCAAACGUGAACUCCGACUUCUUAAAAACAGGGAAGCGGCUCGAGAGUGUAGGCGAAAGAAGAAAGAUUAUGUGAAGUGCUUGGAAAACAGAGUUGCUGUUCUUGAAAAUCAGAACAAGACAUUGAUUGAGGAGUUGAAAGCGUUAAAAGAAUUGUAUUGUCAGAAGGAGGGAUAGAGAAGGUCAACUGUGAUACAUGUCCAUUAUAAUAUUGUGUGGUUAAUCCUGUAAGGGGACCACAGAGGCUAUUACCGAGCUACGCAGGAAGGUUGAAAUCCCAAUGACCUUUAACCGGUGAGUGCUAGCCACAUGGCACCCUGCUGGCCACGGGUACGCCAUGUACAUCUGUGUGCGAUGUUGAUCGUCUCAUACACUGCGUCCUGACCACUACACCCACACUUGGUUGUUGAGGCAAGAUUUCCGCUGGAAGUUUUCACAAUGUCUGUUGUCGUAAAACUAUAAAGUCGACGGAUUGUCCAGAUUUGUUGGAGAGAGUAAUCUUGUGACUACAGCAUAGAACUUUGAUGGCUUAUACUUAACGAUUCCUGUUAACACUUGAUGUCUUCGAAGAGGUUCUAAAAUACAUUAUUUGAUGUUUGUACUUCCGUCAGAAAGUAGGAGGAAUCUGCUGACAUAUCCAUAUCAUCUGCUUGAACUCCAAAAUAUGGAUUCCAGAAAAAGAAAAUGGUGUACAAUUUAUUAAAACAUUUUACAAAAUAAAUUCAUUCAAAAGUGGUAAUAUGAAGACAUCAAUUUGUUGUAACAAAGAUUUAAUAUGUCGGCAUUAAAAGUAAUUUGAGAAAGGUGUACAUGUUGAUUUAAUAUUUUUAGAGCAGCACAAUACUAAAGGUAUCUAUUUGAUUACAAUCUAAAAGUACAACUAGAAGGUAGGAACUAUUGUGUGACAACAAAAUACAAGACUACAGCUUUUAUGACAUACUUUUAGGGUGUACAAUUAAUUUAUAUAUUAUAGAUCUGAAAUUAUGUAUUUUGAAUUUUAUUACUUGUUACCGCACAUGUUAUCCAUCUUAAAAAUACAUGUCCAUUGUAAUUCAUUUGCUAUUGAUAUUUAUGAAAAUGACAGGAACUUGAUAUCUCUAUUGACACGUAUAAUGUACUUCGUCUAAAUUUAACUGAAGUUAGGGUGCCUUAUAUGCUCCAUGGCAAACCACUAUCAUGCAUUAAGAAUUGAGGGUCGUCUAUUAGAUGGUUAUGAGUUGUUGGAUGAGAGUGUUUUAUGGUGAAGUUUACUUGUUGUAUUCUUUGCUCUUCUGUUAAGUUUUGCAGACAUUUUUUUAUUGUAAUCAUUGUCUUUAUACUCACAUUGAAUAGAGUAACACACAGGAUUAUCUUGUGUCGUCAUAUUUAACAUUUUGUUUGAUGUUUUAUCAUUAUUAAAGUCUCGUACAUGUGGUUUGAUUUUGUGAUACAUUUUAAUUUUGUUUCAUAUAAAGUGCACAGUGAAAGACAGUAUGGAUUCUUAUAAAGAGCAAAACUCUACAAACUAAAAUGCAUGUAUCAUUAGGUUUGGAGUAAUAUCGAUUCCUAGAUUGGGUAUGAGUGAUUUUUUAAUUGUCAGAUGUGCAGUUGACAAUUUGAUUUCUUAAGGAUAAAAAUGGUCAACUCAACCUUGCAGUAUAACCUAAAAAUAUGCUUAUUUAAUAUAAUGUAAAAUAAUUCCAUUGGAUAAAAUGCUAACUUGGCAACUUUUAGUAAAUAACGUAUAAGUGAAAGACUUAGUGUUUGCAGUCAAUUGUGUCAAGCUCUGUCUGUUCGUCCAUAUUUUGGUUUCAGCAGAUGACUUGUUUAAUAUCACUCAAUUUUGAUGAAAUUUAAUAAGCAUGUAAAAUAUAUAAAGACGGAAGCUAUGUCCAAAGUUAAGCAAAAUCUGUGUAUACUUAAUUAACAAUACUGCAAUCUGAUUGGUCGACAAAUUUCUUCUGCACAAUAACUUGUACAAAUUUGCACCCAGAUUCUGAUGAAAGUCUAUCAAUAUUUAUUAUUGUCGUUUUCGUUCUUGUAUGCUCUAAUGUUGUCUGCCAAGAUGGUUCGGAUGGUCAGGUGGUCCUUUUUUAUUUUGACAAUCUGUUAUCACUGGCUCCCAGAAUGUAUUGGGGUGAUCUUUCACAAAUUUCAUGUGCCGCUCUUUGUGCAUGACUUAUAUUGAGGCUGAUCAGAAGAACAAAAUGAAAUGGCAAUCUUUGAUUCUAACAGUUAAAGAUUGUUAUUGUUAUUGUUAUUUCUCAAAGAGUACUGAAGGGAUCUUGCUAAAGGGGAGGGGGCUUAUAUCGUUGCCCAUGUCCAUCCAAUCCUUUCAUAGUCCUGUCCCGUCUCGUCCCAUCUCAAUUUAAUGCAACUCUAGCAACUUCAUUCUCGAACAGAUCAAACAUUCUCUGACAGAUUUUAAUCAAACUGGGUUUUUUACACAAAUGUCAAGUAUGAGCUUAACGUUAUUUAUAGGAAAUCCUCAACCAAUUCUGUGUCAUCAGUCCACAAACUUUAUUUCCUGAUGGUUUUUGAUGAAAGAUUUAUAUAAAUGUCACGUAUGACAAAACCUUGGACACCUUUCUGUUUCAGGGUUUGAAGGCCAAGGUCACUGAUGCUAUAUAUAGAAGGUCAUAAACUGAUCCAAUGUAAUCACUCUAGCUGCUUCAUUUCUUGACAGAUUUUUUUAUCAGAGUCUAUACAGAUUUCAGGUUUGAGAAUACCUUGGAUGAGUUUAUGUUUCAAAUGUUACAGCAUGUUGCUAUUUGUGAAAAAAGUUCUCCAUUUUUUUCCAUUUAUCAACUUGAAGAAUGAUAAUACCUGGAAUACAUACAUAUUUCAGGGUGCCAAAAAUUCAAUCAAAGUCGUUGCAACUAUUUAUUGAACAUUAUCAAACACUGAAACUUAUUUCACAUGAUGGCGAGGGCAUUCAUAUCUUGCAGACAUUUUCCAGUUUAUCACUGCUUCUCAGAAAGUACUUUGGCAUUCUUUCUAAAAUUUCAUAUACCGGCUUCCCUUUGGCCUGAGUUACAUAACUUCUAUAUUAUUUAACCUGGAAAAACCAGAUUUGGUGUACAAGUACAUCUUGUGAUGGUAGAGUGUCAAGUACAAAAAAUCAAUCACUGACCUGUGGUUUGACCUUUGACUACAACCUUUGAAAAGUUUGUCUGGGACAUAUCUUUUAUACUAUUUCACUUGAAGGAACCAGAUUUGGUGUAUGCAUCUUGGGAUGGCAGAGUUUCAAGGGCAAAAAGUAGGUUACUGUGACCAAUGGUUUGACCUUUGACCUCAACCUUUAAAAAAGUUUGUCGGGUGAAUAUCUACUAUUUCACAUGGAGUAAGCAGGUUUGGAAUGCAUGUACAGCUUGGGGAGGAAGGUCUAGUGCAAAAAAGUUGGUGACUCUGACCUAUGGUUUAAGUUGUCCAGGACAUAUCAUUUAUACUAUAUCACUUUAAGUAACCAGACUUAGAAUGCAGUUACAUCUUGUAAUUGUGGAGUGUCUAAUACAGUGCUUUGAUAACCUUUCUCUAGACUAUUUCACCUGAAGUGACAGGAUUUGAUAUGAAUUUAUGUCUUAGCUGGCAGAAUAUGGAGUUCAAGAAGUAUGUCACUGUAACCCACAUGUCCUGAGCUAGGUGUCACUGUAACCCACAUGUCCUGAGCUAGGUGUACAGCCCUGCCUUGCAAUACAUUGUCUUGUUUUUCCAUAGAUAACUCAACUUCAAGUUAAAAUAAAACCCAGCCUGUUUUAGCAACCAUUUCCUUCCAAAAACAAGACCAGAAGAGGUUCUUCAGGGUUCUGACAUUGACGACGACCGGAAGGAAAGAAAAUCAUACAUUUGCACGUUUGUUCUUGAGAAGUUUAAACAGAAUGUUUAUUUCGAAUUAAAAAAAAAUCCAGAGAAAAAGCCUGCUUAUUAUGGCUUAAAAGUUUCUAUAUAUGCCGAAAUCUUAGGUUAAGUUUUGUUAAUAGUUUUUCAAUUUACUAUAAAUACAACAUUCCACAUUCUAAGAGGAUGGUGAUAUUUGGUUCCAAAAAGGCAAGCUGUCAAACAUUGUUGCUUGGCAGAAAGAAUGGGAAAAUAAAUAAGUUUUGGAAAAAAAAUCGCCUAUUUAUUUGGACAAUUUUCAUUAUUCUUUGAAUAUAUUGGCUUGUUCCCCGCAAACUCUUUUCCCGUCUGAACAAAACAAUUAUGCAGGGUAUAUGGUAAUACGAAUUCAGUAUGAAAUUUAUGAAAAUCCCAGAGGCCUAUUUAACAAAAUUAUGCACAUGUAUAAAGAUUGAUAAACCACAAUUAAUGACAACAGUUUUAAGACUCUUACCUGUCAAGUUUGAAUGACGUCAGGUGCAAAUUUAUAUAAGUUUUAAGGAUAUUAUCCAAUACUAAAGAACACAUUCUGGUGUGAAAGUAUGUCAAGUUUUGUUUGAAUUUCUAGCGGUACUAUAUAAAUAUGUUUUUGAUUUUUUUUUAAAAAGACGCUUAACUUAGUUACGUGAUUAAAACAAUAAGAACCACACAUUCAUUCCUUUAUAUUUAGUAGCAAAAUAAAGCAUAAUAUGUUUUUUCUUUUCUUGAGUUGUAUGAAGAAUAAGGGUAAGUUGUUAAUAGGUCAAUGAAGGGAAACAUUGAAGCUUUAAAAAAUAACGGGUACAUACAUGUGGGUGUCCAUUUCGAAGAUGUCAAAUAAAUGUUGUAUUUAUUGCAGAAUUAGUGAUUCAUUAUAACUGCCUGGGGAGAGAGCUUUGUUUCCAACAUAAAUAUCUAGAUGCUUUAUUUAAUUUGGCUGUAAAUGAUCUGUGUAUCAUCCUACAGAACUAUCAUCAACAUGUUUUUGAUAAAAUGUAUUAAGUAAAUUAUUUCUUUGUCC